GUUGUAUGGAAAAGGACUCGAGUAUAGGGAAUUUCUUAUCGAAUUCAUACUGAUAUUGAAGCGUUGGAACCUGAUUCACCUGUUUUUUUCCAUCUUUCAAUGAUUCCAGAAUAUUUGUUGUCCGUCAAAAUUUUGAAUUAAAAUUUUCGGUACUUAUAACAUUAUAACAUGAUUGAUAGUAGUAUAAUAGCCUUCCAAAAAUCUUGAUUUGCUAGGAAACUUUGUCCUUUUAAUGGACUCCCCGAGGGCUCUACCUCGUUAAGAACAAAAACACUAUAUAAAUUAUAUAAAUUAUUUUAUAAUAUAACUCAGUAUAGUGGUUUUCUUGUAAUGAUCACAAACUGAUUGAAUCCUUCCUCUCUAUCUAAAACCAAGGAAUUGUAGGCCAAGAACUGUUUGAUAAAAUAGCUAAAAGGGAUGAAUGGUGUCAUUGGGCUUGAAUCAUAUCUUGAUUCAGAUAAUUCUGAGUUUGGUGAAAUUGACCCUACUGGAAGAUAUGCGAGGUACAAUGAAAUUCUUGGUAAAGGGGCUUUUAAAACAGUCUAUAGAGCUUUUGAUGAGUAUGAAGGAAUUGAGGUAGCCUGGAACCAGGUGAAGCUUUAUGAUUUUCUGCAGAGUCCUGAAGAUCUUGAGAGGUUGUAUUGUGAAAUUCAUCUGCUCAAAACUUUGAAACACAGAAAUAUUAUGAAGUUCUACACUUCUUGGGUUGAUACUGCCAAUAGAAACAUCAAUUUCGUGACAGAGAUGUUCACCUCUGGUACACUGAGACAGUAUAGGCUGAAACAUAAGAGGGUUAAUAUUAGAGCAGUAAAGCAUUGGUGUAGACAGAUUUUGCAGGGUCUUCUUUGUCUCCACAACCAUGACCCUCCUAUUAUUCAUAGAGAUCUCAAGUGUGACAACAUUUUUAUUAAUGGGAACCAAGGAGAAGUCAAGAUUGGUGACCUUGGCCUUGCCACGAUUCUAAGGAAAUCCCACCCUGUUCGUUGUGUAGGAACACCGGAGUUCAUGGCUCCAGAGGUAUAUGCGGAGGACUACAAUGAAUUAGUUGAUAUUUAUUCAUUUGGUAUGUGCGUUUUGGAAAUGGUGACAUUUGAAUAUCCAUAUAGUGAAUGCACUCGCCCUGCUCAGAUUUAUAAGAAAGUGAUCUCUGGAAAGAAGCCGGGUGCUCUUUAUAAAGUUAAGGAUCCCGAGGUGCAUCAAUUUGUUGAGAAAUGUUUAGCUACAGUGGCUGACAGGCUAUCAGCAAGGGAGCUUCUUAAUGAUCCUUUCCUCCAAAUCGAUGAUUAUGAUUCUGAUUUGAGGCCAUUAGAUUAUUACAGAGAUUACGAUGAAGUUGGUCUUUGGUUAAGGCAGCCGGUCUCGAGUGUUCAUAAUAGUAACAGCUCUUUUGUUGAUGGUUACUCCAAUUAUCUUGGUUAUGAACAAAAGAAUGACUUGGAGACCCAUUCUAUUGAAUAUGAAGCAAAUGAAAUAGAUAUGUUCACGAGUCAAGAUGAUGAUCACUUGGAAAACGUUGACAUUACAAUCAAAGGGAGAAGAAGAGAAGACAAUAGCGUCUUUUUGAGAAUAAGAAUUGCAGAUAAAGAAGGCCAUGUCCGAAAUAUUUAUUUUCCAUUUGACAUUGAAAUUGACACGGCUCUUAGCGUCGCUGCUGAAAUGGUUGCCGAGUUAGAUAUCAAUGACCAAGGCGUGACUAAGAUAGUGGAGAUGAUCGAGAAUGAGAUUUCUUCCUUGGUACCAGAGUGGAAAAGGGGCGAAGAAAGUCUUGAUGAUGCGAACAAUAGUUACUGUCAGAAUUGUGCUUCAGAUGCUUCUCUUGUAGAAUGUUUGUCCUCACAUGGGCUGGGCAAAGACCUUCAAGUUCUUCAAUGUUCGAAGCAUGGAUGUGGUGAAGUACAUGGCCGGUUUGAAGAGAUCGCGCACCAGUUCGAGGCACCCAAGGAAUGUGUUACAGAAGUUGCUCCCAUGGCGUCAAGCCAGUCUAAUGGCACGCACUAUACUGAUAUAAGGGCGCAACACGAGGGUCCUGAAUUAUCUUCUGUUGAUAAUGAUAAUUAUGAAACUGUUGACCGAUCAAGGAAGGAUUACAGAACUACGAGGAUUGAGGAGGAGAAGUCAUCCAAUGUGAGAGGUUCCCGGACUAAAAAUCCUUCUACUCCGGCAGAAGAUUAUGAGAAUGAGACAAAGGCAGGAGCUGAGUUGGCUCAAGGCCAAGUAUCACAUGCCAUUGAGAGAGCUUAGAGAUCAUCAACUAUCGUCUACUACUGAUUCCAGCACACCGAGAAGAGAAGGGUGAAGUUGUUGAAUCUUCUGCCUCAGGGAAGCAUUUUACUACCUUUGACUCCAUCAAUGGCAGAACAAAUCGUACAAAUCAGAAGGUUCACGAUUAUGAGUCCACAUAUAAUUCUUGUAGUCCAGUGCAUAUGAUCACUGCCAAAAGUUUCUAUACUGGUUCCUCGCUUCAAAAUUCACUUCACAGGGCCACUGCUGACUUCUCUACCAGUUGAUGCUAAAGAUAUCUAAAUCUUUGCUUUUGCUCCAUGGUGAGAGUUCCACAGUUUUUGCAGCUAGUAGAUUCUCUGCUUCUGACAAAAGUGACUUCUACUUGAGUUGAAACGAUUCACAUUACUAACUAGUAGCAGAAAAGUACUUGACACGAUUAAAGAAAGAAAAAAAAAGGAAGUGAAAAUCUGUGUCAUACUUUAUAAUGUCCAUCAAGUGCUUCAUAUCAAACAUGCCCUUAAUGCACCAUAUAGUUGUUACAAAUCAAGUCUCUGAAGUUA